CGGCUGCGCUCCGGCGGCGGAAGUGACGGCGCGUAGGGGCCGCCAUGAAGCCGGCGGUGGACGAGAUGUUCCCUGAGGGAGCCGGCCCUUACGUGGACCUGGAUGAGGCAGGGGGAAGCACGGGGCUGCUGAUGGAUCUGGCCGCCAACGAGAAGGCGGUGCACGCUGACUUCUUCAACGAUUUUGAAGAUCUCUUUGAUGACGAUGACAUCCAGUGAACUUAUUUGUCCAGCAGUGCUGAGAUGUGGAUUUUUCUCUAGGAUCUCCUGUGCAGUGCAUUAUUUAUUAAAUUAAUCAAAAUGGUAAAAUCACAGAGGGGAGAAAAGCCUGAAUAAGCUGCUUGGGGAAAAUGAAAACCAGAUGGUUAAAGAUAACUAAGGAGGGAAGAGUGCACUGUUAUUUCUAGGAAGCAGUGUAGAUUUUGCUGGAAUUUUUAUUUGCUGAUGUGCUUAUUGAAUAAAAUACUGAAGAAACCCUC